AUGCCUGACGCAACCGACACAAUAAUAUCGAGAAAUUCCAGCAAAAUUAUACCCGAGCUAUUGGAGAUAUCUUCAUGCGGCUCCGUUGACACGCGGUUAAAACCAAAUGCACCGGGCAUUGAAACAUGCCCCAAUAACGACAGAAACCCCUUUUUAUCGAACGGCCAGGAUACAGUAUACUCUACACUGGAUUCGAAGACACUAGUACAGCAUGCCGGGGAAAACCCUGCGGCAGAUAAGCAUGACCAACAGCGAGAUCCGGUCCCAAAUGAAGAUCAACCUCAGAUUGGUUCAAGAGCGCGCACUCUCCAUUCGAUGAUAAUCAAUGAACCAAUGGAAUUGCGCACGAGCGAUUGUGCACCUCAGCUCGUGGAAUCUGCGAAACUGUCACCUCGCAAGGAGCAGUCGAAUGCUUCCCAUAUUGAGUACUCGCUAAAUACUCAGACGGCCGGGCGUCAUUAUGACAGAAAACAGUCAUUUUGUGUCUCUGGGUUGCCCGAAACCUCCUCCAGUUGCAUUACAGACUCUGGUGACUCGGAGAUCCUGGUUCCAACGCCUCCCCACUCUCUCGUUCACCCAGCGCACGACCGCACAAGCGAUGGUUGUCGACAGAUUAACGCUGGGCAAUUCUCGGGUUGUUCCAUCUCUCUGGCUGCUUCCUCUGCAGAUAGCCAUAUCAAUGGCCAAACUCUGGCGGCCUUCCCCCAUGAACAAGUUUACCAAACUGUAGAUGACUUUGCUAUCGGCAAAGAAGGGGGCCUGCCUGACAGUGACCCGAACUGUCGUUUGGUAAAACCGGCUUGGUCAAGCGAAUCGAGACAUGCAUCAUCUGCGGAUCUCCAGUGGGAACUUGACGAUUUACGGCCCCACGAAGAAGAUGCCCAAACGAGAGAACAUGUCAUGACUGGAACCAAGGGCUCUUGCCUUGUACCGGCCACUGUUGAGUCUACUGAAGCUGAUCGGGCAUCAACUCCAAACAUAGACCAACGAAGUUGCGAGACCACGCAAGUAAAACACAUCAUAACUCCGCCAAUGCUAGGAGACGAUCUUGUUUUCCCCCGGAGCGUGUCGCCCGAGUCGACACUAUAUGAAAGUAAUAGGCCCCCUAAAGGUGGUCACCUGUCCCAAGUAAAAUCAAGCAACGACUGUGGACUUUGGUGUAUGGACGAUUGCCCCACGGACAACAGUGCCGAUAAGGGUCUUUGGAUGGGGACGUGUAAGGCUGAGCAGCAGAAACACGAUCUUCAUGACUCUUUUCUACCAGGUUGUUUAAGCCAUCCCCACGUUGCUAAAGGGUCAUGGUCACUGUCGGAUGAAACCUCAUCAACGAGAGACGAGUCCCGACUUCCUGCCAGCGGCUCUGGUGAAGCCCAGGUUGUUGAUGAUGUGGAACGGCGGCUUAAUUGGCACGAAGGCCCCAAUUACGAAUGUAAUGAUGAGUUUGUUACUCAGAUUUAUAAUUACUUAUCAUUAGGAUAUCCCUGUGUCGCUCGUUAUUAUGAUCAUGAGCUCGGUGAAGUUUCCGGGAUCUGCUUGGCAGAACUCCGGCAGGAUGAUUUGAAUACGGACGCAAAUGGCUAUGUCGGGGUGGCUCAAAGUACUCCAGAUGAUACGGAGCCAGGAACGCGAGCUUGUAUACGUUGGAUAGCGCUGCGCCUAUAUAUAAAUGAAUGGGCUAGGCAACAAACCAGAAUGGCUAACAACAGUAACAACCAUGGUCCUUGGGGCGUGCAGGAGCGAAGGGAAAGCUUGAUGUUAUAA